AUGGCGCCCAAGGAGCCGGAAUACUUGGAGAUAGCUCAUAGGAGGGCUAUUGAGAAGAAGACGCACGUGAGCUUUCCACAACUAAAGUAUCCAUCUUUAAGGGAUGAGGGUUUGAAGGACCCAGUGCAAUGGCUAACGGGGAAGGCGUUAGAUGAUGGAGCUGAAGGGCUGUGGAGAGUGCAUGAUAAGCUUUAUGAUCUGGAAGUGUUUAUUGAUAGACAUCCAGGUGGUCGAGAAUGGUUGGAGUUGAGCAAGGGUUUAGACGUAACAGAAGCAUUCGAGGCGCACCAUCUCAAUCCGUCAACGGAGAAGAUGUUAGCGAAAUUCUAUGUAAGAGACGCGAAGACGCCGAGAAAUUCUCCCUUUACUUUCAAAGAGGACGGCUUCUAUCGAUCACUAAAAAAAAGAGUAUGGGAAGACCUUAAAACCAUUCCAAAAACGGAAAACCAACGCUCGGAUAGAGUGAUUGAUGGGCUCUUAGCCACCUGUCUAGCUGCUUCCACGAUCGCAUGCUGGACAGAAAGUUAUUGGCUCGGAAUGCUUGCUUAUUUAUCGGCAUCGCUUUCUCUAGCUUGGAUAUUGGUAGCGGCACACAAUUACAUUCAUAAGGCAACUAAUUUCAGAAUGUAUUACUUCAAUUUGGCUCUUUGGUCUUACAGAGACUUCAGAGUGUCCCACGUGCUAUCACACCAUUUGUACACAAAUACCCUAAUGGACUUAGAAGUCAGUGGAUUUGAACCAAUCAUCUUCUGGAACCCGAGGAAGGAGCGGCCGUUCUAUGCGGACUACGCAUUUUUAAUUGAACAAUUUCUCUUUCCAUUCAUGUUUAUACUCAACUACCUUAAGAGACUUAUCCUUAUAUUCAUAAGACCCGGCUUCUUAACGAAGCAUUACAGUUGGCACGACGGCAUUGGAUUGUUACUGCCUCUUUGGAUGUAUUUGACAAGUGGCUCCACGUUUUAUCAUGCAGUAGUUACAUGGCUGUGGAUAAACUGUACUGCUAGUUUCAUAUUCUUCACAAUUGGUUCAAAUGCUGCUCACCAUCACCCCAGGAUUUUCAAGGAUGGAGAUGAAGUCAGUGACACCACUCCAGAUUGGGGAAUGCACGAGCUUGAAGCAGUGAUGGACAGAGAAGACAUCAACGACAGUCAUUUCAAAGUGAUGACAUUCUUCGGUCACCACGCCCUUCAUCAUCUUUUCCCAACGAUAGACCACGCAGUUUUGGAGCACCUGUAUCCUGUUUUUCUCGAGUUAUGUGAAAAGUACCGAGCUAAUUUCAAAGUUACGACGCAACUAGAUUUGUUCCUGGGUCAGAUCAGAACUACACUAAAAAAGCGACCCACUCUACUAUCAGAGAAGAUUUGA